GGCGUCGUUUCGUGCGGGUUGCACUGUUCUUUUCUCUUCCUUUUGGCUCACAACAUUUUCUCCGAUCGGAUGAAAACUUCAACGGAUUGGUAUGAGCUCCUGAACGUUGUAAUUUAUUUCGUUUUCGUUAUCUUCUUCGAUUCCGUCUCGAAUUUUGAAUUGAUGAUUCUCCUUAUUUCAUCGGAAGCAUCGAGGAUUUGGAGAUUACGAAUCUUUUGAUCCGAUCAAACGUUGACAAAGUAGAAUGAGUAGAAAAAGAACAGAAAAUGACACUGAGUCAGGAUCAGGAACAGCCACUCCGGUGGAUAGAUUCGGGUUCCUGAAGCAAGAACAUGCCAGCAAGGCUAGAACAACAACAACAUCAUCAUCCACUGACCAGGACAGAGAGGAGAGAAAAGUGAGGAAAUGGAGGAAGAUGAUUGGGGUUGGAGGCAGUGACUGGAAGCAUUACGUUAGAAGAAAACCUAACAUUGUCAAGAGGCGUAUACGCAAAGGGAUCCCUGAUUGUUUAAGAGGUCUUGUUUGGCAGUUGAUCUCUGGAAGCCGCGACCUUUUGCUUAUGAAUCCUGGUGUUUAUGAGCAACUGGUGAUUUAUGAGACAUCGGCAUCAGAACUUGAUAUCAUUCGAGACAUAUCACGUACUUUCCCGUCCCAUGUUUUCUUUCAGAAGAGACAUGGACCUGGACAAAGAUCGCUAUACAAUGUCCUCAAGGCCUACUCGGUUUAUGACAGAGAUGUUGGAUAUGUUCAGGGGAUGGGUUUUAUAGCCGGUCUGUUGCUUCUCUAUAUGAGCGAAGAAGAUGCCUUCUGGUUAUUAGUUGCGUUACUCAAAGGAGCUGUUCAUGCUCCUAUGGAAGGAUUGUACCAUGCAGGGCUUCCUCUUGUACAACAAUACCUGUUUCAGUUAGAAAGCUUGGUAAAGGAGCUAAUCCCAAAGCUCGGAGAACAUUUUACUCAAGAGAUGAUCAAUCCGAGUAUGUAUGCAAGCCAAUGGUUCAUCACCGUCUUCUCUUAUUCAUUUCCUUUUCCUUUGGCUCUUCGGAUAUGGGAUGUGUUUCUCUCUGAGGGAGUUAAAAUAGUGUUCAAAGUGGGCUUAGCAUUGUUGAAGUAUUGCCAAGAUGAGCUGGUAAAAUUACCGUUUGAGAAACUCAUACAUGCUCUGAAAACAUUCCCUGAAGAUGCAAUGAAUCCGGAUACCUUGCUUCCAUUGGCCUACCCCAUCAAGGUAUCAAAGCGUUUGGAAGAACUGAAAGUGGACUAUGAGAAGACUAUUGCCAAACCUGUUCAACCAUAAGAAAACCGGUUUGGCUAAUAACUUGUACACAUUAAGCUUGGAUUCAAAAUUCUUUACUCCUCCCUUAUCUUUAUCUUAUUGGAAUGUAUUCUUUCUAUCAUCAUAUUGGUCAAGUUGGGUGGGGAAUCUCUUUAUCAGACACCCUCUGAUUCUUCUUAGCAACUUCUGGGAAAGAAGAAGAAGGUAUAUGUCCCACCCACCUUUGUGUAGGUAUAGUGACUUGUGCUUGUAAAAAAAUCUCAUUAUUAUUUAUGUGAAAAAGGUAAAUCAUGCUGUUUAAA